AUGCCAAAGGAUAAAAGUCCUGGUUCUGAUGGAUAUACGGUAGAGUUUCUUAAAGAGACUUGGUCUGUUCUAAAGAAUGAUUUUGUUGCCUCGGUUCAAUCUUUCUUUAAAUUUGGUUUUUUAUCAAAGGGAGUCAACACAACCAUCCUAGCACUAAUACCGAAGAAGAAAGAGGUUAAAGAGAUGAAGGAUUAUAGGCCGAUCUCCUGUUGUAAUGUAACAUACAGGGUGAUCUCCAAGCUUCUUGCGAACAGACUUAAGCGGCUACUUCCUGCAUUUAUCUCCCCUAACCAAUCAGCAUUCGUAAAAGACAGGCUUUUAAUGGAGAAUGUUCUCCUAGCAUCUGAGGUAGUUGCCAAUUACCACAAGGAUACGGUAUCUCCUAGAACUGCCAUCAAGAUCGAUAUAUCCAAGGUGAAUGGCGAGUUGUCAGGACUUUUUUGCAGUGAGAGAGGGUUGAGACAAGGCUGCUCUUUAUCACCCUAUCUCUUUGUUAUUUGUAUGCAAGUACUGUCUGCACUGCUUGAUAAAGCGGCAAAGGAGAGGCGAAUAGGCUAUCACCCGAGAUGCAAGAAUAUUUGUCUCACACAUUUGUGUUUUGCUGAUGAUUUAUUGGUAUUUACUGAUGGAGCUAAAACUUCUAUUGAGGAUUAUACACCGCUUCUAGAACGCAUCAGAGAUAAGUUUACCAGCUGGACAGGGCGAUAUUUAUCCUUUGCGGGACGUCUCCAACUAAUUGGUUCAGUUAUUCACAGUCUCACCAAUUUUUGGAUGUCAGCUUUCCGCUUGCCAAAAGCCUGCAUUAAUGAGAUAGACAGUCUGUGUUCAGCGUUUUUGUGGUCUGGUCCUGCUUUAAACACUAAAAAAGCCAAAGUUUCAUGGGCGGAUGUAUGUCUACCGAAGGAAGAGGGUGGAUUGGGUCUGCGUUCUUUGUCAGAAACAAAUACGGUGAGUUGUCUGAAGCUCAUAUGGAGAAUGUUGGAGCCGAACUCCUUAUGGGUGGACUUGCUUCGGACAUAUUUACUCAAAAAGGGUUCAUUCUGGGCUCUCAAAGACAACCCUUCCUCAGGUUCUUGGAUGUGGCAAAAAUUACUCAAAUAUCGAGCCUCAGCUGUGGAUUUUGUGCGGUAUGAGGUCAAGAAUGGCGAGCACAUCUCUUUUUGGCAUGACAAUUGGUCGCCAAUGGGAUGUUUAUUUAACAUUGCAGGACCACGGGGAAGUAUUGAUAUGGGGAUUGGUCUCCAUGCCACCGUUGCGGAGGCACUCACUCACCGACAAAGACACCAUCGAGUAGACUAUUUGAAUAAAAUGGAGACGGCGCUCACGACAGUUCGUAACCGAGGACUACUGGACAUAGAGGAUGUGGUCCUUUGGAGAGGCAAGGGUGAUCAGUUUAAGACCAAAUUCAGCUCAAAAGAAACUUGGGAUCAUAUCAGGAUCUCUCGACAGUGGAAAACUUGGGUUGCGGGUGUCUGGUUCUCACAAGCCACUCCCAAGUUCUCUUUUAUGGUCUGGUUAGCCACCUUGAACCGAUUGACAACGGGAGAUCGUAUGUUGUGUUGGAAUUCACGGGUAGAUGCCUCCUGCUCUUUCUGUAGUAUGCCGCAAGAAAACUGA